AUGCCCAAUACUAGACGUGGCGAAUAUGAUGCCGCAGUCGUCAAGAAGCCACUUGAUCCAAUGAGGAUUAGUUCAUUGUUAAACGAUCCGGAUGUUUGCUGGCAACCAAGGGAAACGUCGAAUAUCUUUGGUCGUGUUUAUACGGUGACGCCGAAAUCAACGGUCCAAUCCGGUAGGACCCAUUCCAAGCAGGUGCAACUUUCGGACCUAUCACAUGUCUCUACGAAAGAGUCUGGUCACAUCAGCAAUCACAAUGGCCACAGUCGAAGAUACAGUGACGAGGAGCUUUGGUUUAUUUGGUACAAACGCACUGUUCAUCGCCAACAAUGGGACAAUAUACUUGUGGACUUUAACCACCAAUUCCCGACGCGGAAACGUCAUCAUGCCGAGACAGUACAAGCCGCGUACUAUCGAUCGAUCAAUCGGCUGCGAGUUCACUUAGGUGAAAACAUUUCCACGGAAUCUAUCAUUCAACACGCGAAGGUAUCUUAUUCGUGGAUGGACAUCCAUUCCAAUCAAGUUCAAUUUUCGGACCUAUCUACGAAAGAGUCUGGUCACAACAGCAACCACAAUGGCUACUAUCAAAGAUACAAUGACGAGGAGCUUUGGUUUAUUUGGUAUAAACGCGCUGUUCUUUGCCAACAUUGGGAUGAUGUCUUUGUGAGCUUCAACCGCCAGUUCCCAAACCGCCAACGUGAUUGCGUCAACGGAAUGAGAAACAAGCUCAAUCAAGAGAUCAGGGAAAAAAGGCUACCAUCCCGCAGUCAGAUUCAAGUCCAGGCAGGCGCUUCCCAUUUGGAUAAGGUAACAUCUCUCAUUACUUGCGCGAAUGUAUCGUACCCGUGGAUGCUGGAAGCUUUGGAAACUACUCAAUCUUCUGCUGGAAGUGAUGGGAUGAUAGAGAACGUCUCCAGACUAAAUUGA